AUGGCGGCCCCUCUCCCUGUCCGCAGUGCGGCGAGAUGGGAGGAGCUGGCGGGCCACUACGGGGAGAAGAAGAUCCGAGGCCUGUGCCAGCGCCUCAAGGGGAAGAGCGGGCGCUUUCGGGGCAACCUCUCGGGGAAACGCGUCGACUUCUCCGGCCGCACCGUCAUCUCCCCGGACCCUAACCUGGCCAUUGACCAGGUGGGAGUGCCCCUGCAGGUGGCCAAGAUCAUGACCUACCCCGAGCGCGUCUCGGCCUCGAACCGGGAGCGUCUGAAGCGCCUUGUCCUGAACGGCCCUUCCCACCACCCCGGCGCCAACAUCAUCCGGCCUUCGGGCGACAAUGCCUUCACCAAGAGCCUCAGCUACGCGGACGAGCGGCAGCGGCGGAAGAUGGCGGAGGAUCUGAAGCUGGGGGACGUGGUGGAGCGGCACAUGGUGGAUGAGGACGUCGUUCUCUUCAACCGACAGCCCUCCCUGCACAAGCUCUCCAUCAUGGCCCACCGGGUCAAGGUCAUGCCCUGGCGGACCUUCCGCUUCAACGAGUGCGUGUGCGCGCCCUACAACGCCGACUUCGACGGCGACGAGAUGAACAUGCACCUGCCCCAGACGGAGGAGGCGCGGGCGGAGGCGGCCACCCUGAUGGGCGUGACCUCGAACCUGGUGACUCCGCGGAAUGGAGAGCCCAUGGUGGCGGCCACGCAGGAUUUCAUCACAGGCGCCUACCUGCUCACCCAGAAGGACGUCUUCCUCACGCGCGAGGCCUUCUGUCGCCUCGCCGCGUACCUAGGAGACGCAGCCGAGCACAUUGACCUUCCUCCCCCCUCCAUCGUCUGGCCCCACCAGCUCUGGACGGGCAAGCAAGUCUUCAGCCUCCUAAUCAAGGCCUCGCACCGCGUGGAUUGCGACGUGAACCUGGAAAUGGAGGAGCGGAACUACUCCAAGGCGGAGGCCAUGGCCUACCUCUGCCCUCAGGACGGCUUUGUAUGCAUCCGGCGUAGCGAGCUUGUCUCGGGCAACCUGUGCAAGAAGACCCUGGGUGGACAGAAGGGGGGCCUCUACUACGUGCUGCUCAGGGACAAGGGGGCUGAGCACGCGGCUAGGUGCAUGAACCGGCUUGCCAAGCUCUGCGGGCGCCUGAUCGGGGGGCAUCGGGGGUUUUCCAUCGGCAUUGACGACGUGAUGCCCUCCCCCGUGCUCUUGGACCUGAAGCGAGUCUUGCUCGAGGCGGGCUUCAGCAAGUGCGACGAACAGAUCCGGCUCUAUGAGACGGGGAAGCUUCCUUUGAAACCGGGCUGCAAUUCGUUGCAAUCCUUGGAGUCGGAGCUGAACUCGGUCCUGGGAGGGAUCCGACGCAAGUGCGGGGAGGAGGCUUUGCAGAAGCUCCCCUGGCACAACGCGCCGCGGAUCAUGACCGAGUGCGGGUCCAAGGGCUCCGACAUCAACAUCUCCCAGAUGAUGGCCAUCCUUGGCCAGCAGUCCGUGGGGGGCAAGCGCAUCGAGAACGGCUUUGUCAACCGAACUCUGCCCCAUUUCCGCCCCGAAUCCCUCUUCCCCGCCGCCCGAGGCUUUGUGCCCAAUUCCUUCUUCUCGGGGCUCACGGCCACC